AUGAGCAGCGGACUUGAGAGCGAGGAACUGCGUGUGCGCCAGAGCAUCCUGUACACCGUCGGGCGCGUCUGCGACGAGGAAGCGCAGAAGCAGCAGAACGAGCACCACGCGCGUUCCCGACCAGCCAUGUCCAAGGAGGCCAUGGCGCUGCUGGCGGACCUCGUCUACAAGCAGUCCGAGGUGAUGGCGACGGAGCUGCAGUUCUUCGCGCGCCACGCCAACCGGAAGAUCAUCAAGGCGGAGGACGUCACGCUCUGCGCCCGGAAACACCCCAACCUGACAAACCUGCUGCUGAAGUACCAGCGAGAGACUCUCAACUCGACUUCCUCCGGCUCGACAAACCCCAAGAAGCGGCGCAGGAACUUUGCGGACUCGGACUAA